UGCCCGCACGAGGUUUUCUAAUUGUAAAAAUAAUUUCUUUGUUUAAUUUAAUUCAGUUAAUUUCAUUUUAAGUGGCAGAAACAGCCAGGUGUGUAUGGCUUACCGGAAGUGGAAUGUGCGCAUGUGCUACGUUUCUCCAUUGACAGUUUACCGAAAAAUCAAUCAAUCUAAUGGUAGAAAUGUAUAACGUUGGAGGAAAUUAAAUAAAAAGGAAAUGUUUUGCCUCCUCUUCCCUCAUUUCCUCGUCUUUGGAACGUCUACCGCAUCCCGAUGACGUCACGUCGUCAUCAUCAGCCUCUCCAGACUCAACAUGUCUUCUCUAGAUGUCAGAAUCUGUCGUUGCUUCUACGGAGAUAAGGGCUAAAGAAGAGCUUUCUGCAUCAUCAGAUCGACUAACUUUACAUCAAUGGAAGUGUUCCUUAUCCUCUCCAUUUUGAUCAUGGCGAGCAUCCGGUAUUGUGACUGCAUCAACUGUUACACGUGCAGUUCGUGGAACGGGACCAAUAUCAAUUGUCACGAUCCGUUCAACCCGGCCAUGAGUACCUACACGGAGGAUUGCAUGAUGCCUAAAGAAGGCCACAUUGGGCAGUUUCCAGCAAAUUUCUGUAUCAAAAUCAUCGGAAAAACAGCAGAAGAUAAUAUCGAGCUAGUGAUACGUAUGUGCACGCUAGAGAACAUGGACAAUCAGUGUGGUGUGUUUAAAUUCGAAAACAAUGAACUGAAAGGAUGUAUCCUCACCUGUGAUUACGAUGGUUGCAAUGGAGUCUCCGUUAUGCUGGCCAGUGCUGCUUUGAUCUUGACGUUUCUUCUGUUAGGUAGUUACACAAUGGUGUGAACUAUUCUACAAGAAAGAAACCCCCAAAAACUGUCUAUGUUAUGUAUGUUGUUAUAUGCGGUAACGAUGCCUACCUACUGUACCAAACAAUUGGGUCUCGUUAUUCCGCAUUAACUUAUAAACGUGGAAUAUACUUUUAUAUGUGUACGUUUUAGUUGGUAACGUUACUUUAACCGAGAUGUACAGGAUGUUAAUGGCAUAUCAACAUGCUUACAAAUGGCACAAACUUUUCUAAAACCAUCCCCUCAUCCGUUCUUAAUUCUUAAAAAGUAAUUUUAAAAACUUUUUCUCUUCUAUAAAUCUUUUUAAAAAACCGGGAACGUCCGGUCUACUAUUUCAGAAUAUACAAAAAUUUCUUGAGAUGCCUUCACACGUGAUCAAGUUACGUCACACCACUCAUAUCCUCCCAUAAGUGUCCAUCCAAUUCUUAUUAAACUAUGUAACAUUUUAUUCCUUUAUCCGCCAUUUUUAUUUCGAGAUUAUUUGUGUAAAUUAAUUACAGAAAAAACAAAAAAGAAUUGUUAGCCUUCGAUGUUACGAUGCCAAAUUGUAUUAUAAAUAUUUAUUUAUGUAGAUAAGAUGGGCGUAUAUUCUGUUUUCAUCAAUAAAUAGUAUCUGAUCGAUGCUCUGGUCUAG